AUGUUGACUACAGUUCAACCACUUUGUACUGUUCCAUCUUACACCUACAACCAAAACGCCAGCACCAGCAGCAGCAGCAGUGCAGCAGCGCCACUAACAAUUGAUAUGACAAAAUCUUCCUUACUGCGGUAUUCCCUUCAGUCGUCACCAUCACAACAACAACAACAACCGGGACCAGUUGUGGUGAGUGAACCAGUCUUUCAACAUCGUCACUAUCACCACCCGACAAGUCCAUUACAGUCUCCUACUCCAACUGUCGUACCCAAUUCAAACAAUAUGACCCAUUCAUCAAUCACGUUGCCAUCAAUACACUCGCUAAACAUUCCAGCUUUUCCCCAUAGUGAAGAAGAGGUUUAUGUCAGCAGAGCCUCGAGUAUUAAAUCACCACCUUUAUUGAUUCCAAAAGCCGAUAGUGUUGGUGAAUCGACCCGCGCAUCAUCAAGCUAUAGCAGCUACACGAGUGACUCACAAAUAACUGCGCCAGUCUCAUCCAGCCAAUCAUUCAACUAUACCCAUAUAGGAUUGGUAUCACCGUUUCCCACCAUGACUGCUGCUGCUGCUGCUGCUGCUGGAGUUGCUGCUGCUGGAGUUGCUGCUGCUGGAGUUGCACAUAACACUCAGCAAGACUCACUGGUAUCCCCAUCAUCUCCAGCCCCCUUAUCUGACCACGAGGAAGGGUAUGAUGGCUCCUCCUCACCAACUACUCAAUCAAAAAAGAUUUGGAAACCUCGCAAAAAGAGACAAUGUCCAGAAUGCAAACUAUACUUUUCCAAUUUGGCCACUCAUAAAUCUACUCAUUUAAAACCAACCAAUCGCCCAUAUGUUUGCGAGUACUGUCAACGUGGAUUUGCUAGACCUAAUGAUUUAUACCGCCACACCAAAUGUCACUGGAAAGAAAUCGGUUCAGAUAAGGGCCAAUUCAAAUGCCCAUUCAAAACCAUGUCGUCGUCGUCGUCUUCUUCUUCUUCUUCGUCUUCUUCUUCGUCUUCUUCUUUUCCUUUGUCUUCUGCAAAUGAAGCUGAUGAUGCAGCUUCUGCUGUAAAGAACAAGUUUUCAGCAUUGUCAGAUCACAAUGAUCAUUGUUGCCACAGCACCGGAAUCUUUUCGCGUUGUGAUACGUUUAAAAACCACUUGAAAGCCAUCCACUUCCAAUAUCCUUAUGGAACAAAGAAAGAUCAAAGGAAUAAAGUUGCUGGUAAGUGUCGCAUGUGUUUCCAAGAGUUUGAGAAUGUCGACGAUUGGAUUCAUAACCAUAUUGAAACUGAUUCUUGUCCUCAUGCUGUCAACAAGAUGAAAAGAGGCUGA